UAUUUAUAAUGCAGUCCAAUGUUUUGGUUCUCCGCGAAGCGAGUCGGGCUCUUUAAAGUGCGAGUAAAGAAUUCUCUAAAAAUCGUACAAUGAGUACUUCAUCUCGAGAUAGUUCGCAGCAUAACACGCCAACCAGAACUGAAUCUUCAACUUGGACCGAAUCAUCAGCUUCCAGUUCUGCUCGCCGAUAUACGAGUGAUCGUCCCAAAGUACCUGAUCAUUGGAGGCAACUUCGCACGUUAUAUUGGAAGGACUACUUAAUAUCUAAAUGGAAAAGGCAUUACUGCACCUCGUCACUCGAAUUACUCAUUCCCAUCCUAUUUCUGAUGCUUGUGGCCUACCUCCGUGGAUAUGGACGACAGUUUGGAGGGACCUGGGUUGGUCCUCAUAGGUACCGCAAAUUCACUGUAGCCGCGUCGGUAAAUUUCGACACAAAUGGAUCUGAAGUCAUUUAUGCGCCAGCGACAGAUUACACAAACAUGACAGUGCCAAGUGUUUUCGAGAGCUCCCCGAGUCCCCCAGUGCUCAAUGGCUUUAAAACGAUAGCGGAUCUGAUGCGCUACCUCGAAGGAAAUCAAAGCACCAACGUAGAGCUCGCUAUCCUGUUCGACCCUGACACAGCAAACGGUUCACAACCGGGUCUCCUGAACUAUACCUUACGUUUCAAUGACACGAGAUACAACUUUCAUACUUCCAAAUUAUUCGCGGUAUCUCCUGAGCCGAGAUCUAGGAACAUCCCGAUUGAGGAAUCCGAGAUUUUGUGGCCAUGUAUAAAUGCCCUUUUCGUAAAUCAUCUAAAAUUUCACGGCCUACUAACAGACGAUAACGUUUCGAUAUCGAUUCCGAAGAUGAAGUUUUUCCCCACCCAGAAAUACUUUGUUCCUUCGGGUCCUUUUGAGCCUUCGAAAGUCGUGCCGUUUAUACUCUCGUUGAUCUGCGUCCUUCCUUUACUCUUCUUUGCCAGUAAGACAAUACGAGAUAAAGAAAACCGCAUGAAGGAACUUCUACGCAUGAUGGGUUUACCAGAUUUUAUUUAUUGGCUCAACCUCUUCCUUGUUGGGUUUACCACAACGGCUGUACUCAUGGUCAUGGCCUGGGUACUCUUCUGCUUCCCUGUUUUCGGCCCACACAUGUACGCAUCGUCCGAUCCGUCGCUUAUUCUUAUAAUCUUCAUGCUGUUUGCCGCGGCUGAAGUUUUGCAGAUUCUUCUAAUCACUGUUAUCUUCAACUCGGCAAUGUUCGGCGGGAUUACUAUCCUGGGGAUAUUUGUCCUGUCAUUGACCUCUAUUCAAAAAAUCGUCAUGAGACAAAACGACGAUUCUGCAGGAGUGACACUAAUGCACCUCAGUUCAUCGAUAUUUCCUGUCACUUGGUUUUACGCUAUCGGCAAUAUAAUCACAUAUCGAGAGGUUACAAACGUCGGUGUUCAGUGGACCAAUAUAGCCAAGCUGGCGAGCCCAGGAGACAGUGUCUCGUUGCUAGCGAUGUUAAUAGCAAUAGUACUGUCCUGCGUAUUGUAUAUGUUUUUAAUCUUCUACCUCGAUGCUGUUAACCCAUGGCAACCGGGCAUACCCAAGCCCUUAUUUUUUCUAUGUCAGUCUGGACCUUGCUAUACAUUGGCAAAUGAAGAAUCCAGUUCUAGUCAGCGUUUCAUUACAAAGUAUAGCGAUGUGCCUUCCUAUUUGAUUGAAAAGCCACCUGCUGGUACAAAAAACCCAGCGAUCGAGAUUUGCGAUGUCACUUAUAGGUGCGAUAAUAAAAAAGUUCUCAGUAAUCUUUCUCUUGAGUUUUAUCAGAAAGAGAUCUCUGUACUGCUCGGUCACAACGGUGCCGGCAAAACUACAGCAAUGAGCAUUCUCGCUGGGCUCCUUCCGCCGACGUCAGGCAAAGUAUACAUCAACGGCCUCAACGUACAGAAAAAUACGACCGCGGCUAGACGAGACAUCGGCUUGUGCCCGCAGCAUAAUGCUUUGUUUGAUGAUCUAACCGUCCGAGAACACCUUGUAUUUUUCGCCAGAAUCAGAGGGGCAAAUUCACAAAAUGCCGAGAAGGAAGCGAAUGAGUCUAUAAUGCAGUUUGAAUUUUUCCCUCAAGAAGGUGUCUUAGCUCGCAAUUUAUCUGCAGGAAUAAAGCGAAGACUUUGUAUGGCUAACGCGAUGAUCGGUGGCAGUAGCAUUGUCAUCCUCGACGAGCCGACAACCGGCAUGGAUCCUGAAGUGAGGCGUAGGGUUUGGACGAUAUUGCAAGAGGCGCGUCAGGACCGAACAAUUCUAAUGACAACGCAUGAUAUGAACGAAGCAGAUUUUCUAGGUGACCGUAUUGCCAUUCUAGCAAAUGGAAAGCUGAAGUGUACCGGAUCGCCGAUUUUCCUUAAAAAAGCAUUUGAGACCGGCUACAAUCUUCGAUGUAUGAAGUCUGGCCCCAACACUUCCGUCAAAUCAAUUGUCGAACGACUGCAAAUAUGUUUAGACGACGAUCAGGUUCGGUUGGUAUCCGAAGUUGGGCUGGAGUUCACUAUAAAUCUUGGAUUUCCCAAUGCUGCGGAAUUCAUCAAACUGUUUCGAGAUCUCGAAACAAACAAAGACAAAUUAGGGAUUGCUAGCUGGGGUGUUUCGGUUACAACUAUUGAGGACGUCUUUCUUAAAGUUGACCAACUAGGCGACGAUCUACAAAGCUUCCCAAGAAAGUCGCGAGAGCAAUACUCUCAGCUAUUUCCCCGAUUUACUCGAAUCACCGGAUCGCUGUUACGACGAAGGCAGUUCUAUGCUAUAUUGCUCAAACGUAGCCGGGUGAUUAGACGGCAAUGGUUUAUGUUGCUAGUUCUCAUUGUGAUACCUGGCAUCCUGGUAAUUUACUUUGCUCGGUGGGCGCAGUCUGCUUUGGAUACUGAAGACCGCACGGAACCUGGAUUGCAUUAUUCGUUUCGAUCAUUUUCACAAGGAAAACGUUCACAAGGCUUCAUACAGCGCAGGCAGCAAAAUUUCGACUCGAACAUACUGGAGUUGAAGCUUGCUAUGGAGGAAGACGGUCUUAAAGUACACGAAUUGGACCACGACACUAACGUUGACGAAUUUCUUCUUGAUCAGGCAAUUAGCAACCCGCUCAUCUAUAAAACCUUGUGGAAAAUGGGUGGCGUCUCGAAUCGUGUAAAGCCUAUGGAGAUCGCAUUGUGGUUUAACGCUGAGCCGUACCAUGUUCCUGCAAUAGCGUUGGUCCGUUGGCAAACCGCUCUUUUACGUCAACUUAUGCUAGACUUCAACAACCCAAAUGGACAAGACGAGGUCACCGUGGAUGUCACGAAUCAUCCGUUUACCUCGGAGGACUUGAAACUGGGCAAUGCUUACUUUCAAAUAUAUCUUUUCUUCAACGUUUUUAUCCUGAUUCAGUUGGCUGUUUCGUUUAUGGCAUGCGCGAUGAUCUACAUUCCUAUCGAGGAACGUGCGUCCAAAGCAGAGUUGUUGCAAAUGAUGACCGGCGUCUCGAGAAGUGUUUAUUUUGGAGCGGUGUUCGCUUUUGAUUUCCUCACUAUUCUGCUAUGUUCGGGUAUAAUAGCAACACUCAUAGCGCUAUGUAACCCCACAGAAUCGAUCGCAACAGAGGUGGAAAUUGGGGGUGCUACAUGCAUUCUUUUGUGUUCCUACGGCGCCAUGAUGAUUCUCGUCUCAUAUGUGUGCUCCUACAUGUUAAGCACGCCCGGAACCGAUUUCGCAGUUUUUCUCGCUGCCACUGUACUGGGGGGCGGUGUGAUCGCGCCGAUUCUAGUUUUCGCGUGGGGAGGAGCUGUAGGAAACUUCAUGCUCGCGCUCAACUAUAUUGAAUAUAUUCCACAAGUUGCGCUUGUUAUGGGCUUUUUUAACAUACGGAAGGUUGCAAAUUCAAAAAGAUAUUGUGAAAGCUUUUCUGACGCUCAACUUUCGAACGUUUGCCGGACUCCGCUAGGAAGCACGUCCUGUUGCAACUUGUGCACUUCUCCCGGCUCAAUGAGGAAAUAUUGCUAUAAACGGGAAAGCUUGUUUGUCAUGAACGCUACAUCAGGAGUGGGCUUCCAGGUGGUUGCUUUAUUGACAGAGGGUGCACUGGUAUUGUUAGUGCUUAUAGCGAUUGAAACUGGCCUGAUUCGCUGUUGUCUGCGCCCAUUCCUGCAAUUCAAAGCGUUCAUCUACCGGCGCUUUUUUUGGAUACCGACUGUGCCCCUUUCAGAGGACUCAGACGUGAAGGCUGAAAAACACAAGGUCUUAAAAAUCAUUACUAAAGACAAUCAGAGCCACUACGCCCUUGUAGCAGACAACCUAACAAAGACGUACGAUGGGUUUGUGGCAGUGAAUCAUAUCUCGUUUGCCGUUGACCACGGAGAGUGUUUCGGGCUUCUUGGAUCUAAUGGCGCAGGCAAAAGUACGACGUUUCGCAUGCUUACGGGUGAUUUAGAUAUGAGCGAGGGAAAUGCUUAUAUCUGUGGCGCUAACUUGCGAACGUCGCCUCGUGAAUACCAAACCAACGUGGGAUUUUGCCCUCAGACUGAUGCUCUGAUCGAUAAACUUUCGGGUAAGGAAAUGCUUGAGCUGUUUUGUGCGCUACGAGGUGUUCCUUCUGAUCAACAGGCUUCAAUUGUCACUCAGAUGGUGUCUCUAAUCGACCUUGAGGCUCAGGCGGAUAACUUGACUCAGACCUACAGCGGAGGUAUGAAGCGGAGGUUGUCGCUAGGUUUGGCGGUAAUCGGCAACUUGUCCGUGGUCCUCCUCGACGAGCCUACAGCUGGUAUUGAUCCGUCAACGCGUCGCAAAAUCUGGACGACGCUAGCUAUAGCUCAAGAAGAGGGUACGACAAUCAUUUUGACCUCACACUCGAUAAAUGAAUGCGAGGCUCUUUGUGAUCGUAUGGCCAUCAUGGUUAAUGGCAUGUUCCAGUGUCUCGGUUCAUCGCAAUACCUCAAAUCGAAAUUUAGUCAAGGGUUCACAUUCAUAGUCAAACUGAGGCCGACUGAUAUACCUUCUUUUGUAAUUCCUAAAGUACUUACAUCGAUGAAGCUGUACUUCCCCAAUGCACACACGCUUAAAGAUACCCAUCAGUUCGUGUUGCACUUUCAUAUCACGGACGCGAAGCUUCGCUGGAGCGAGCUUUUUCAACGAGUGCAGGAACUCAAGGAGGAAUUCAAUUUCGAAGACAUUUUCGUAUCGGAUUCUAGUCUUGAGCAGGUUUUUCUCUCAUUUGCAAAGGCACGGAAGCCCGUUUGAUGUGUCGAGCUUCCAUAAUAUCGCAUCACAGCGAAAAGCACCACACAAUAUGCGGCGAUCUUCACCCCCUGCAAACGCCUGGUUUACGUGCGAUGCAUGCAAGCUGGCCGCAAGUUACCAGUAUCACUCGUUAAUUCAACCAGUAACGGGUCGGCGACUGGGGAAAGGGUAAACCUGCUGGGCAUCAACUUGAAAAUUUUUAACUCGAACUGGUUGAAAUUGCUUUGUUCACUCUGUUAUGCAUUGUGGUUGUCCUUGUUGUCCUACUUCAGUUUUAUCGUUGUAGUCACGCCGCUACCUUUAGCAAAGUAAUUGCAUUGUUCGGAAUUGCCGGAGACGUUCCGUUGAUUUCACAUGGUAUCCGCCACCGCGUUGUUUUAGUUACUCGGUAAUCUUGCUUUAACUUCUUAGAUACCAUAACCCACACACUCUACUAUGGCUUUCAAGGCAUGCUGUAACGGUGCAAAAGGUAUCUAAUUCCUCUAUCAAUUGUCCCUUGCGUCUAAGCCUUUGCUAUGUUUUGUGAACCCCUAUUAGACUUUUUAACUAUAGUAAACUGCGAUUUACUGUUGAAUCUUCAUGUUAAUAGUAGACGGUUAAUAGAAGGUAGGUACGCAAGUAAUGCAAAAAAAAAAAGGUCCUCUCGAAAUAUGAACUGCUGUGAGUGGAACCAUUCUAGUUACUAUUAUAAUUAUUGUGUACAGUUAGGCCAGCUGAUCGAGCAACCCUGGACAAUAAACAGGACAAUAUAUAAGACAUUUUGCGUUCUCUCAUACAGUUUCUCAGAAACUCCUUCUAGGACAUUGAAAACGCUCCGAUAUCGCGAUAAACAGGUUUGAGAUAAGAGUUGAUCGCUUACAAUAUGACUCGACAUUAAAGCGCAGGGAUGGGGGGCAACCAGGUAAAUUUCAACAUCGUUCUCAGUAACUUCACACUAAUGACAAGCCUAAUCUUGCAAAUUAGGCAGAACUAAUUCAGUCAACAAGCAGAAGCCUGAAUUCGUGGAAUCGCUUGCAUCACAUUCAACAAUACGCAUUACUGUUAAAACGGAUUUCCAGAUCUUAGAACAGGAUUCUGACAGCAUGCACGAAUAGAGCUAUGUUUGAAACUGGCGCAAGUUGCUUUGCUAAAAACUAAUCAUCUAUUCGAUCCUGUAUAUAGAACCAUUGUUGUCAUCGUAGAAAACCAGCCAAUUGAAAACUUGUGUCCCACUGGUUGCUUGCCAUAUUUGUCUACUUCAUAUAGCUACAUGGGUUAAAGUCAUGCGAAAUCUUUUCUUAUUUCUUAUAUCGUUGGAUUUGAUGUUUUUAAGAACAAAAAAAAAAA